UAAAAAUUCUUUACAUUUUUUAGGAAGUUAUUUAUCGCCGCCAAGCAUGAAUGUUGGUACGAAUUCGUCUAAUCAACAUUCAUUACUAUUUGAUGAUGAGAGCUUUGACUAUGAUUUGACGAUACUUGAAGCAAGUCUAGAUGUCUGCUGGAAGAGGCAGAGGUUUUGCUAUUAGCACGUCUCAAGACACAGAACUUCGAAGACCUGGUGAAGCAGGUCUGAAACAGAGAUUUGGUAGUUGUUCAAUGUCCAAUGGUCAAGUAUCUGAAGCUCAUAAGAUUUCUGAAAAUCCAUAUGCUGAACUCUGUAAUAAAAUGGGACAGAUUAAUAUGUCAACUCUUGAUGAAGAAUUACCACAAUGUGCAACACAAAUAAAGACACUAUGUGACACAGCUGAGAAGUUUGAAAAGUGUGUUGAGGACAUCUUUCAGUUCGCACUAAAAAGUAAAUGGAAUGCUCAUGCUGUCGCAAUUUUCUGUAAUAAUCAUGGUGAUAUUCAAGUUGAACAAUCCAAAUUCCGCAAUUUAAUAUUACGAAAGCUGCAACAACUAUAUAAAGAAAGAAUUAAAGCGUAUCUAGAGAAGGAAAAGUUUCUCAUGGAUGCCACUUUUUCUUGUGAAAUAUUUUACCAUGUACUAGUUGGUGGUGUUUGUUUGACCAAGCUGGCUCCUCCAAUUGUAGAUUAUUUGGGAAUGUUGGUAGAUGGAGCCUCUGAAAAGGAGAUAGAAGUUUUUGUGGAACAGUUUCCAAAGUGUUACAUGCAUCUGAAAGCAAAUCAUUCUGUAGGCAUCGAUACACUCAUUGGAAAAAUACGGAAACAGAUUGUCUGCCAAUCCACUGCUAUUCCUGUGAGAGCAAUGCUGCUUGAAAUAUUUGAACUCAUAUUAACAGAUUGGAAACCUCUCAAUGAAACUGCCAAACAUUUUUAUGAAUCUUUAUCAAAGCCAAUAGCAAAUUCAUUUUCAUGCUUUGAAAACUCCUGACUAUAAAUUACUACGCACAAGUGAUAUAAGGUAUCUUAUUUUGUAUACAAAUUUGCGAGACCACUCAUUUAGUGUUCUCUAUUGAAUUAUAAAUUGCAUAUUUGUAA